AAAAGUUCCUAGCCGGCGAAGCGACUCGAUUCGAGUUGAAUAGAAGCUUUGGGCCAUGACAUCACAUCACUAGGUAAAUUCCAUAGCGUCACGCACAUCAACAAGGAACAAGUUUGCGAAUAUUAACAGAUCCUUUGCUAUCAUUCUGCUUUUUCUAUCCUUUCUAAAUACCGUCAUAUCUCGAAAAGACAAUUCUAUUAAUUCUUCAAAAUGAGCGGAACAUCAAACGUUGGCCAAGCCUCAGUCUACGAGGACGGAGAUCAAAAGAACGUCCCCAAAUCAGAACUUGAGCAGGAGAAGAAGGAUGCUAGAUUCCAUGAGGGCAAACAAAACAGCCACAAGGCCAAUGAUUCUAAGGACGAGCGAUCUAUUGCCAACAAGCUGGCCCGAGAGGAAAAGCGCGAGAAGGAGCCUGAGGAAGAGAGCGAGGAAACAAAGGCGUUGAAGAAAGACCCGACAUUGCCAGCUAAGAUGCACGGCAACGAGCCCAGCAAAGGCGCCAAGAUUGAUGCUCAAAUUCAGGCCGAGGAAGAGGAAGAGCUCAGAAGAAAGGGAAAGGCAUAAAGGAAGCGGAAGAUGUACAAGCGGGGUGAACAUACUUGGGACAAAAGACCAACAAUGUGAAACUAGCUACCAUCUUAAGGAGAUGUCAGGCUAUGACGAGACUCGCAUUCAAGCUAUGCUAUUCCGCUAAGGGAUUUGAGAUGAUCA